AUGGUGGGCCCCGUGGAUGAGGUGCGCGAGCUGCAGAAGGCUAUCGGGGCCGUGCCGCUGAUCCAGGGCGAGGGCUUGGAGAGAGAUGAGGAGGGAAAGCGGGGAGCGCCAUGCACCCUCAGCUCGGGGACUUUGGAGAGGGUGGGGGCUCAGUGGGAGCUGGAGGCCCGGGGGCCCGGCCAGUGCAGCCCCGCUGGGCCCGGCCCAGCACCACGAGACCGGCGCCCAGAAGCCCGAGUCCCCCUGGACGGGGCCUUCUGGAUCCCGAGGCCCCGGCAGACCAGCCCAAGGGCUGCUUAUUGCGUGUCAAACCCCCGCCCUGCAGGUCUCAGCGGCCCCUGCCCUGAGCCCUCGGUCCCGAUGGCGCCCACACUGUUCCCAUAGAGUCCAAGAAACAUGGAGCCGACAGCGUGCGAGGCCACAGCCUUUGCCCAAACCUGCAAGCACCUAGCGAGAAAGAAAGCGAUGACCAACCCCACGACCGUCAUCGAGGUCUACCCGGACACCACCGAGGUGAGCGACUAUUACCUAUGAUCCAUCUUUAACUUCGUCUACCUCAACUUCUGCCUGGGCUUCAUCGCCUUGGCCUACUCCUCAAAGUGAGUGCGAGACAAGAAGCUUCUCAAUGACCUGAAUGGAGCCGUGGAGGAUGCAAAGACGGCCCGGCUGUUCAACAUCACCAGCUCUGCCCUGGCAGCUUCCUGCAUCAUCCUCGUCUUCAUCUUCCUGCGGUACCCCCUCACCGACUACUAAGGCCUGCCAGGCACGUCCUCUGGCGGAGACAAGCACUGAGACAUGUUUAUUCUCAUGGUCCCUGAAACGCAGGAUCCCAUGAGGUUGGGGCAGGGCAGAGCUUCUUGUCCUGGGGCUCCCUUGAAAUGUGAACCGGGCAGCAAGGGCAUCAGAAGCUGAGUACAGCAAGGGGGCAGUGAGCUUGGCCCUCAGCCCACCCCCUCUGCCUCCUGGCCUCCGCCCUGCCUGUGUCUGGGGCCUGGGGGCUUCUCCCCUCGCUGCUGCACCCUGGCUUCCAGUGUCUGUGUCCCUGCCUUCACGUGCCCCUUCCCAGGCUCCUGGGGCUCCUUGGACCUGACACCUAGCAGGAAGGGCUUAUGCAAAAGUGUCCUAGGAUGGGACGACUCACUCUAUGCUCCCUGUCCCUGCCUCCUCCACGCUGUGACCCUGCUCAGAGCCCUGGUGUCUGUGAACUUUCAAUGAAGUAUCCAUGCAGCUCCA